UGCAACGGUUACAUUGCAGAUCAGAUAUAGCUUGACUUGAAGCCCUGUCGGACAAGAGAAUGAAAGCUGCUGGUGACGUAAAGGAAACAAUUUUGCUAGUGCCGUUGAAAACCUAAAUUUAACUUUUUGGUUUGUCACAUCUUGACCGCAGAGCUUCAAGAGCUAGGGUGAAAGAUUUACAGACAAAGCUUUCAAGCAUGGAUGUUAUCUUCAAGGAAGGGAAGCUGUACCUUCACGGGGUCAAGUUUGGAAAAAGAUCAUGGCGUAAAAUAUGGAUGGUGCUUUUUAAGCCCAGCCCCACGGGCGUCGGACGGUUGGAGUUCUCUAGUGUAGUUGACAACAACGCUGCUACUGAACAGAGGAAGGUCUAUCGGCAGAAAACAUCUGAAAGAAAAGUGGUGCGUCUGACAGACUGCCUCAGUGUCAUCUCUGCUCCAAAGGAGUCUUGCCCUUCUGGGUGCACCGCCUUCUACUUACACACCACUCAGAGCACCUACACCCUGGCCUCCACGACGAGCGAGGACUGGCUGAGUGCCCUCUGCCUUCUGGCCUUCCAGAAGGAUCCUGGGGAAUCAGACAAAGGGGCUUUCGAGAGAGGAAAUAGCUUGACCAUGGAGGACAAUGACCUUUACUCAUCUUGGAAAACUGAUCAGACCCUUCCUCCUAACCAGUACCAAGUGACUAUCCAGAGCACCGAGGCAUCCAGGAGGUGCAAGUUGGCCGGGGAGUAUGUGAUCUCCUCAGAAGAAGAUGCCGUUUUGCUGCUGGCCGUCAAUACUGGUCACGUAUUCUAUCGCUGGCCAUACAGGCUCUUACGCAAAUUCGGACAGGUUGAGGGUGGAUUCAGCAUUGAAGCCGGCCGUCGCUGUGAAUCAGGAGAAGGAGUGUUCAUCUUCCUGUCCACACACGGUCCGCAGAUCUUCCAGGCUAUAUCAAAGCAGUGCUCUCUGGAGAGAAGGUCCUCUUUCCAGCCACUAAGUCGCCACAGAAGAUCAUUUUCUGACGUGUCUCCUGUUAUCCUCCCUGUCCACAGUGUUGCAGAUGUUUCUGCUGACAAAGAGGACGAGUCUGACAACCACUACGCUACUAUUAAUGACACCUCUGUACUAAAUAUGAAGCAGCUGUCUCUUUGCGAACCUCAACUCUCUUUCGGAGAGGAAGAUGAUGGUAAACGGUGUCAUUCCCUGGAUGCUCUGAACCUGGAUAUAAUGGGGGACAGCAUUUAUUACAACGUAAGGAGAGCCACACCACCUAUGAUCAGAGGCGAUGACUUCAAACCUGUGAUAGACUCAGAGUGCACCUAUUCGGAUGUGAAAGUUCAUCCCCAGCUGCAUCCCCUACCUCCGCUUCCUCCCAUCACCCUUCCCCAGUUUGUCCCCAUUACACCACCAAAGCCCCGAUACCAGCGCCAGCCCCCUGCGAACAACAUCCAGCCAGGGUACAAUGCACAAUCACAGCCGGUGGAUGACAUGAAGGAGAUGGAGGAGGCCAUCAACUCCUCUACCAAUGUUACCCCCUCAGAGGCCCAUGGCAGUUUUAAACAGAGGCUGGCAGAUAUCAUUUCUAAGGACCUGGCAAAGUUCCAGCCACCGUUUCCCUCCGGAGCAGGCAGCCCCACAUUUUCUCAGUAGGCUAUUAGUUAGCAGACAGACCAGGAGGAGCAAUUUGAACCAUGAUAGACUGCCAUAAAGCAGAAUUAGUUUCUUUAUUUCUUUGAAAUCCCCUCCACUGGGAACAUUUGGCACCAGAUUUUUGGCUUGCAGAUGUCUAAAAGCAAAAAGAGGAUUCAAGUAGUGUUGUUCUUCACUGCUGGAAUGUUAGAGAAGCUAUAUGUGUGCUGCAGUUUUUUUAAUGUGACAUUAAUGAACACUUGCCUGUUUCAUUAUGGAAAUAGCUUUGAAAAAUGUUUCCUUGUUACAUUCAAACAACAUAUUUGCUUCUUCUAGUUUAUGUUUUUUUUCUCCUAAACUACCUUUCUUAAAGAGAAUAAGUUGGUUUUUCACAUACAAAUCAGCCGUUUUGCAGCAACUACUGCAUUUUGGACAUAGUCGCUUCGGUCCGCUUCUCAUGGUGGAAAUAUUGAUGUAACUUAUUCAGUAUACUGAAAUGUAUCGCUGGACAAAAAAAUGAAAAAUACAAAAACAACUCAUGUCUUAAGUAUAUCUUUAUUGUAGCAAAACAAUCCUCAUAAAAAUACCCCAUAGCUAUACAUAAAUAUCAAAAUAAUUGGGUUUUUUUUAAUUUAGACAAAUGUCACUAAUGACACUGGGAAUGUCUUUAGUGAUGGUUCAGGACAUAAAGUGCAUUAAAAAAAGGCCACCAAAAGGCCUUAGGAAGUUCAAGAUCUCAGUAGGUUUUCAUUGGCAGUGCAACAUCUAAGCUAUUAAAAAGGACAGGAGAAUUUAUGAAAUAUUUGUAA